AUGCCUCUAACACUUGUCUCGGCUGCGGUCUGUCUGUGUGUCAGUGUGUACGGCUGGGGUGAGGUGGAUCAACAACAGUACUACCCCAGCGACCCUUAUGGACCAUAUCCUUCAGGUCACUCAUAUGGACAUUUCGGCAGAGAUGAACGCCAGGGACCCGUGGGAGGUGUCGAAAGGCCCGGAAUAAGAGGUGUCCAAAGACCCAGAAUGGGAGGUUUGGAAAGACCCGGACAGCGAGACGAUAGACUAAGUCCAAAAUCACCUCACGCUCAUGACAAUAAAAUGGGAGACCCACAUAACCCCACUGGUCAUUACAGAAAAAAUGCGCAUCAAGGUUCCGUGCUGCAAACACAGGGAGGUAAUAGAGGUGCCGGAAAUCCCGGGCAAAGGAUUGCCGGACGUCCCGGAGGUGCCGGUAGACCCGGGCAGAGAGGUGCUAGAGGUCCCGGAGAUACUAGCAGACCCGGUCGAGCAGGUGCAAGUGGUGCCGGAAGACCCGGACGGGGAGGUGCCCGAAAGGUUGGCGGUGCUGGUGUUGCUGGAAAAGCUGGCACACCUAACAGCCAUCACGUAUAUUCCGCUAAGAAAUUACCACAGCCGGAAAAUUACGUCAACCCGCAGGACGCCGUGGCCAGCUCUGUUCUCAGAACCACUGACCAGUAUUUCUACAAACCCGCACCUGUUGGCUUUGACCACAUCAUCACAAACAUCAAUGGUGGGUACAACAAAGAAUACGGUGUCUUCACAGCUCCGGUGCCAGGGAUAUAUUCCAUCAACUACCACGUACAAACCAAGAAAGGUAGCACCAAAGAAGCCCAUGUGGAUCUGACGCAGAACGGAGAAGUCGUGAACUCGGCCAAGGCAGAAGGUGAUUGUGUCACGGCGUCCAACUCCGCCGUCCUCUACCUUGACCAGUUUGACCGGCUCAGUGUGAACGGUCGUGAAGGAACCGUGAUUGGUUGUGAAAAUAACGGCUUUUGUAGCUUUAGCGUGUCUCUGGUGAAGCAGGGGAAAUUCUAUGAUCAGAAAGUUGCCAGAGCUGUCCCCAUGGGUAAAUGGUAA